GAAGGGGGAGGAUCUUCUGCUUCUCAGGCUGGAAUUUCGUUAGGAGGAAACCUGUCAUACUGCACAGGAAGCUAUCCGAGGGAGGACACACGGAGCUGAUUGUACAAGAAACACCACAAGUCUAAAGACAAUCUGAAAAUGUCUGAAAUCCUACAUGAAUUAUUACUUGCUUCUGAGAAAGCUGCAUGUAUCGCUCGUGCCUGCCGCGAAGAGGAAACUCUUUUUCAGCUAUUAAUUGAAGAAAAAAAAGAGGAUGAGAAGAAUAAAAAAUUUCUCACAGACUUUAAAACACUAGCUGAUGUAUUGGUCCAGGAAGUCAUAAAAUAUGAUCUUGGCAAAAAGUUUCCAGGUUUUGAGAAAAACGUUAAAGGAGAAGAAUCUAAUGAAUUUACAAAUGAACUUGGAGAGAAAAUUAUAGUAAAAGUGUGCCCAACAGAGGAAGAAACUGCCAGACUAUUGCAGAAAGUGCUGGACAACAAUGAGCCCGCAGCCAAAAAAUUGGCCCAGGCUGUUCAUCAGAAACUUGUCGUAACUGACCAGAAUUUAGAUGCCAUUAAAGUGAACAUUCCUCUGACUGAGCUUGCUGUGUGGGUGGAUCCCAUUGAACAUACUGUAUAUUAUGAACAUGCUAUUUUUUUAUAUAUAAAACUUUUUUUAAAUGCUUUUUUAACAGGAUCAGCAGAUAUCACUCCAACUAAAGGGAUUUACCCGAAGGGUCUCCAGUGUGUCACUGUGCUAAUAGGAGUAUACCAUAUUGAAACAGGACUUCCAGUAAUGGGUGUUGUUAAUCAACCGUUUGCAAUAAAAGACCCUACAACAAACAGGUGGAAAAGCCAAUGGUAUUGGGGUUUGUCCUACAAGGACACAAACAUCUGCUCAGUACAAGCAUCUGCCAUCAAUGGACAAACUAGCAGUAAAUUAGAAUGUGGCUUUCCAGCUGAUGCUGAAUGUGAGAAGAAAUCAUAUGGAGUGAUAACAAGCUCAGCAGAAACAGGAGACAUUCUCAGUUCUCUCACCGCUGUGUGUGGAGAAAAUCUGUAUUUUGCUGCUGGAGCAGGCUACAAAAGUCUUUGUGUGAUUCAAGGCCUUGUAGAUUUUUAUGUGUUUUCUGAGGACACUACAUUUAAAUGGGACAGCUGUGCUCCCCAUGCUAUUCUGAAAUCACUGGGAGGUGGAAUGUUGGAUCUUUCAGAGUGUUUGAAGACUGUAAAGCAGAAGAAAAAGCUUCUUGACAGGCCAGAUCUCUUAUACAAUUCAGAAAUACAAGGAGCAGUAGGAGCAGACAAGUGGGCUAAUAAAGGAGGACUUGUGGCUUAUAGAUCGGAAGAACACCUGGAAUGGUUUUUAGACCUCUUUGUGCAGCAUUUGCAAUUACAAAAUGAAUUACAUCAAUAAUAUGUCUUUUUCCUAUAUUAUAUUUUUAGGCUGUAUUUUUUUAUUAUAUUCAUUCAAUAUACUCCUAUAUUCUUUUAUUACUCAU